AUGUCGUCCCCACGAGGCAAAGCAAAGGCUAAGGCCAGGGAGUUGGACGAAGCCUCCGCUGGUGACCUUGAGCAAUUGACGCAGGCCUUUAAACGGAUUGAUUUGCGAGGCAGUGGGGAGGUCCGACUAGAGGAGUUGCUGUCGGUUGCCAAGGACUUGGGCAUCCGAUGUAGCAAGAACACCCUGAAGAAAGUCUUUCGGGAGGUUGAUCCAGAUGGACGAGGACUGAUCAAUUUCGAUCAGUUCAGAAUUAUGUAUUCGAUGCUCAGCACGCCAGAGAAGGUCAAAGAGCUACUUUCAGAGGCGAGUGCUGCUUUCAUAGACUACAGGAACAGUGUGGAACAGGACCCAUCCUUUGCAAAGCAUUUCCCUAUGCCACAAAGCCUGGCCCCAGUCCUGCGGUAUGGCAAUCAUUUCCAUGCCACUGUGGAGACACUUCGAUGGGUUGCAGAUGGCCAGUUUCUGGCGGCCACUUCGGAAGGGAAACUGCUGAUCUUUGAUAGCAACGCCCGUGCCGAUGGGCCAUUGAAACAGUGCAAUGUUGGCAGCCCUCUGUACUGCGCCGACGCCUUCCCUGGUGGCCCAGGAAUCCUCGUAGGGCUCGGCAAGAGAUCGGACAACUGUUAUCUUUGGGACAUGGGUGAGGAGCAAGUCAGGCAGCAGUUUGCUCAACAGGGUCCCAUCGUGGCUUGCUGCCUUGGACAAGAAGUUGCAUUUGUGGGAUCCAGCGAUGGUUCGAUAGGCAUGCACGAUCUAGAGACUGGGGCCUGUGUCGCUACUUGGCCGCUCCAUGAAAGCCAUGUGACAUCUAUCAAGAUCGCCGAUGAUGGGCAGAGAGUGUGCACCACCUCGCGAGAUGGGCGGGUUGUGAUUUUCGAUCAGAACACAUCGAGCAUGGCGUCAUGUGUGACGGCAGAAAUUCCUGAUGCGGCCGCCGGGUACACUGUGUGCGAUGCCGCCUGGUGUAGUGAGAGCGAGCUCCUAACAGCUGGCGAUGACUACUGCAUCAAGCGCUGGGACAUUCGAAGGCCGAAUGACUUGCCCCUGGCCAGAUACAUGGGUCACACUUCCUGUGUGAGGAGCUUGGCGCUGUCUCCUGAUCGGCAGGUUUUCGCAUCGGGCACGAACGACAGCAGUGUGCGCUUGUGGGCCCUCAACCCUGCGGACACAAGGGCGUCCUUGACAGCCGAUGGCGGCAAGGCCACCGACCUCCUGACCGAUCUGAAAGCACGCCGUGACAUGGUCAUUGAGCUCGUGCACGCGGGCGAAGGCGAUGUCGACGAAGUCCGUGAGCUGACUCAUGAGAUUGAGCACCUGGAGGCAACAAUGGGCAAAAACCAGUUCCAAGGUGACGAGGAGAUCAUCGAUGUUCAUGGAAACAUCCGUGCCGUCCUUGGUCUACCUGGUCACACCCUGGCUGUGGGUACACUGGCUUGGCAAAGUGCUGGGAAUGGGGAGCACCGCCUGGUCUCUGGAGCUCAAGACGAGUUCGUGCAUCUCUUUGAGUUUUCGAACAGCCAAGUGGUGUCAGGCCUAGCAGACAUGACUCGCCAAUGUUCAUCUUUCUGA